CGUGUUUGUCCAAGUUUCGGUGAUUUGUUGUCCCGUGCGCACGGGGCGAGCACGAAUGGAUGUGCGAGGAGCCGAAAGAUGUCAUUCUCCUCACUACACCUGUGCUGCCGCCUCCUGGACGGACGCGACUCCUUUGCAGCGACUGUACUAUAAGUGAACGGACAGCUUAUGAGCCCCGCUCAAAGCGAGGGAACCACACACAAGGAGCGGGAUGGCGAGGAUGUUGGCGCUGCACCUCCGCGUCCUUCUCGUGGCUCUCCUCCUCGCCGGCUCCCUGACAGUCCGCGCCAGCGGAGGCGCGACGUCGCCCGACGAAGAGAGGGACAAAGAGAGCGACGCGGAGACGCCGUGUGAGGUGAAAACCGUCACCGUCUCGACCCUGCCCGUACUCCGGGAGAACGAGUUCAGCUUCACCGGCGGAGCCUCGGGGAGCGUGGUCGGAGGAGGAGGAGGAGGGGGUGCUGCUGCUGCUGCUGGAGCAGGUGGUGGUGGUGGUGCUGCUGGUGGUGGUGGAGGAGGUGGAGGAGGAUCUGGAGGAGGAACUGGAGGAGGAGGAGGAGGAGCAGGAGGAGGAGGAGGGGGGGAAUCCCGACUCCUGUUAUUCGUGAGAACAGACCUACCUGGGCGAAUUUCCGUAAUGGAUGAUCUUGACAACACAGCUCUUCCCUACUUCACUCUCGAAAUGUCGGGCACAGGAGAAGAUAUUUCUCAGGUGCACUGGAAGCAGCAGUGGUUGGAAAAUGGGACACUGUACUUCCAUGUGUCCAUGACUGAGUCGGAGCUUCUAGCACAGACAACGCAACCCACAGCCCGGGAGCCUGCUCACGUCCUGCAUGAACACAUGCAUCUGCUACACAUCUCGGUUAUGGGAGGCCUCAUCGCCCUCCUCCUGCUGAUCCUCCUCUUCACGCUCGUCCUGUACACCCGCCACCGAUGGUGCAAGCGCCGGCGUAUCCCCCAGAAGAGCGCCAGCACCGAGGCCACCCACGAGAUCCACUACAUCCCCUCCGUUCUGCUGGGGCCGCAGGGCCGCGACAGCUACCGGGGCACCCGCAACACCCACCAGCACGGCAGCUCCGUCAUCGGCAUGCCCAUCCGAGAGACCCCGAUCCUUGACGACUACGACUGCGACGAGGACGACGCAGGCGGACACUCUCUCAACUCCACGCCCAACCAGCUCCACAACAAGCUGAAUGACGGGAAGGUCCUGGACGACUACGGGGUUAACGUUGGCGUCGGCGGACACGCGGACAUGAUGUGCAAAGACGACGACGUCAGGCAUAAUUUUGAAAAACGAGCCAUUGACCCAAACACAGAGUCGGUAGAGGAUUUGAUGCAGAGGUUCCAGGACAGUUUCCGCGUUCCCAACACGCCAACAGACAUGUCUCACUACCAGCAUGUCAUGCACAGCUCGUCGACAGGCCGCCGGAGGGUCCCCAGCCACACAAGAGCAACCGGAGGUGUGUUUGGUCCUCAAGGGGAAUCUGGGUCGGAGCCUGAAGAAGACAGCCAAAUGAAGUUUUACACGGAGCAGCACAGAGGACGAAGACGCAGCAAAGGCCAUCCACACAGUCCUCUGAAUAAGGUCACCCUGACGCUGAUUACCAUCAGUACAUGUGUCAUUGCCAUUGUCUAUGCUACGCAGGAUUCCUGCCCCCUCACUGUCAAGGUUACCCUCCACGUGCCGGAGCAUUUUGUUGCGGAUGGAAGUAGUUUUGUGGUCAGCAUGGGCAGCUUCCUGGAUGUCUCUAAUUGGCUAAAUCCAGCCAAGCUUACUCUCUACUACCAGACCAAUUCGUCCACGCAGUGGGUCCGAGACUACUGUGGCCAGAGGACCACUGAGCCCUGUGAGCAGAUUUGUGACCAGGACACAGGAGAAUGCAGCUGUCAUGAGGGCUAUGCCCCCGACCCCGCCCACAAACACCUCUGCGUUCGCAGCGACUGGGGUCGCAACGAAGGUCCUUGGCCGUACGCUAACUUGGAGAAGGGCUAUGACCUGGUUACCGGAGAGCAGGCCCCUGAGAGGAUCUUCAGAUCAUUCUACAGCCUGGGUCAAGGAUUGUGGCUGCCAGUCAGCAAAAGCUUUGUUGUGCCGCCGGUGGAACUGUCAAUCAACCCAAUAGCCAGCUGUAAGACGGACGUGUUGGUUACCGAAGAUCCGGGGGAGGUCAGGGAGGAGGCCAUGAUGUCUACGUACUUCGAGACCGUGGAGGACCUGCUGGGAUCCUUUGGGCCCGUCCGUGACUGCUCCAAAGAUAAUGGCGGCUGCAAGAAGAAUUUCAAGUGUGUGUCGGAUCGACAGCUGGAUUCAUCCGGCUGUAUGUGUCCUGAGGGGCUGAGGCCAAUGAAGGAUGGCUCAGGUUGCUAUGACUACUCCAGGGGCAUUGACUGCACGGAUGGCUUCAACGGGGGCUGUGAACAGCUGUGUCUCCAGCAGCUUGUGCCCCUCGAAGAUGACCCAAGUUCCAGCAAUGUGCUCAUGUUUUGCGGGUGCGUGCAGGAGUACAAGCUAGCAGGGGACGGGCGCUCCUGCCUCCUGCAGUCAGACAACUGCGAGGGACCGAAAUGCCCGAGGCAGGAUGUCCACUUCAAUGACACCCUGUUUGGUGAGAUGCUGCACGGAUACAACAACAAAACCCAGCAAGUCAACUUGGGACAGAUAUUCCAAAUGACCUUCCGGGACAACAACUUCAUUAAGGACUUUCCCCAGCUGGCCGAUGGCCUCAUGGUCAUCCCCUUACCGGUGGAGGAGCAGUGUCGGGGGGUCUUGUCGGAGCCCCUGCCCAACUUGCAGCUUCUCACAGGCGAUGCCCAGUUCAGUGAGGCAGUGGGCUACCCCAUGGUUCAGCAGUGGAGAGUACGCAGCAAUCUUUACAAAGUCAAGCUCAGCUCCAUUACCUUGUCUACAGGCUUUUCCAAGGUGCUCAAGACGCUGUCGGCGGAGAGCACACGCGAUGAGCUGCUGGCUUUUCUCCAGCAGUUUGGCAGCCAUUACGUGUCUGAGGCCCUGUACGGCUCUGAGCUCAGCUGUAGCAUCUACUUCCCCAGCAAGAAGGCCCAGCAGCAGCUCUGGCUGCAGUACCAGAAAGAGGCAACGGACCAGGGAGUCGGCGGAGGCGGGCGGCGCGAACUCAAGUCGGUCCCCUUCAUCAGCUACCUCUCGGCGCUGCAGAAGAGCCAGCUGUUGUCCGACGACAUGGUGAACGGCGUGGAGAUCCGCUGCGAGGAGAAGGGCAGCUGUCCAGCUGGCUGCCACCUGUGCCAUCACCAGGCCGUGAUGGGGGGAGUGUCAGGGAGAGGCCGCAGUGGUAACAGCAGGGGUGGAGAGCAGCCUUCCCCCAUCCCCGUCCUGCUGGAAGUCAGCCGCGUGGUGCCCCUUUACAGCCUGGUCCAAGACAACGUCACCAAAGAGGCCUUCAAGAGCGCCACAAUGAGCUCAUACUGGUGUGCUGGAAAGGGCGAUGUCAUUGAUAACUGGUGUCGCUGUGACCUGAGUGCCUUCAGCAAAGAUGGCCUGCCUAACUGCAGUCCCCUCAGGCAGCCAAUUUUGCGCCUAGCUCCCUACCUGGAGCCGUCAAGCACGAUGGUGGCCCUGGAGUGGAUGGAUGUGGAGCCUCUGAUUGGCUGCAAAGUGUCCGACUACGUCAUCCAGCACAAACGAGUGGAGGAUCCAUCAGAGGCGGAGGUCUACACAGGUGAGGUUCUGAGUUUGAUGGAUGAUUUGUUCUCUGGCUUGGGUUCGUCCUGUGUUGUUGCCGGGAAAAGGAGUGGAGACCAUCCCCACUCUGUGCUAUAUUCGGUGGUCUUCAAGUGCCUGGAACCAGACAGCCUCUACAAGUUUACUCUCUAUGCAGUGGAUAGCCGAGGAAGUCAGUCUGAGUCGAGCUUUGUCUCAGUACGGACAUCUUGUCCGGUGGUGGACGACAGCCGAGCCGAAGAAAUAGCAGACAAGGUGUACAACUUGUAUAAUGGCUACACCAGCGGCAAGGAGCAGCAGAUGGCAUACAAUACUUUGAUGGAGAUUCCUCCACCACUGCUAUACAGAGUACAGCACCACUACAAUUCCCACUAUGAGAAGUUCGGAGACUUUGUCUGGCGUAGCGAAGAUGAGCUGGGCCCCAGAAAAGCCAACCUGAUACUACGAAGGGUGGAGAAGAUCAGCCUCUACUGCCGGUCCCUCCUGCGCAGCACCCACAUUCAGAGCCGCACCGACACCAUGGCGUACGUCUACUGCCGGAGCGAAGAGGGGCGACCUCCCAGCAACAUGUGGCACAGCUCUUUACAUGACAGUCGCACCAUGUGCAUGGAAAAGCUCAUCUCUGUACAGCGUAACACGUACAGCAACACCAAACUCCGAUGAGACGGGAGUUUAGGAGACGGGCGGCACGUCUUUUAUUGUUUUUUCUUAUUUAUUUUUGUCUGCAAAGUGACAUCAUUGAUUGAUGCGCGCCUUCAGCAGCACCACUCUGCAGCGGGUGUCUCUCUCUCUCUCACGUGACUGGUGCAUUUUUAUGAAAGCCAGGAGAGGUUUAAAAAAAAGAAAAAAAGAAAAUCUCAGAAUUCACUGGACAUUGUGUUCAAGCGACCGAAAAAAAACGACAUAUUUUUAUGUGGCCUCCUUUUAUUAUGAGACAGAAGAUUUAAAAGAAAAAUAAAUGAAUAUAUCCCCGACACUGACACAUCUCUGCAAAAAUGCCAGUGAUUGAACAUAUCAACGAGAAACUGCAGCGUGAACAUGUAAAAUACCAUUCAGCCAAAUGAAAACUGGUUGGCUUAAAUACUUUGAAUGUAAUAUUGUAGUUCCUUUUCGGUGCUUUGAAGAUUACCUGGAACACUUAAAACAAGAGGAGUGAAAAAAAACAAAAAAAAAACAGUAUAACUUAUUUGCCUUUACUACUUUCCUUUGAAAGGAGAAGCCGAAAUGUGUUAAAGCCAUUUGAAUAAUAACUCACUUGUUUUCAAGUUCACGUUCAUUUAAAAAACAAGAAAAAAAAGAAGAAAGAAUGCUUCAGGAAUUUAUAAUCAGCAAGUGAAAACUAUGUAGUUAUUCUUAUAUGAGGUUUCAUAUAUUCUGUUGAAAUAGCAAGGACGAGCGCGGUAAGAGGAGUGGUCAAGAGGCUACGAGGAGCCUGGUGAUAUAAUUAUGCAAAGACGGCAGGUGGUAUUCAUACUUUAUAUUCCUUCGUACACGUUAAAAGCUUUAAUUUCAGUGCUGAAAUGUAGGAAUCAUUUUGUUAUCUGCUUGUUUAGUAACUACUAUUACCCAAAAUAAAUACAAACACUCUCAUGUCUCACUACAGAAAUGGAUCUAGGACAAAGGAAGACGAACGCAGAAGUCUGCACUUGGGUGAUGUGAUGGGUUUGGGUAUAAAAAUUCCAAUAACUAAAGGGGGAGGGUUGGAAAAAAAAAAGGUCAAAUCGGAUGUUAUACCUCUCAAGUCUAUUUAAUGUGCUCGUGAUCUAAUGAUGAGUUAUGACUUGUCAGUGGAAUGUGAUUGUCAUUAAGGGUUAAGUCACCGGAUGACAGGUUCAGCAUAUUAAAGACAGAUCUGUGGUGGCGCGGUGGUCAGAACCGUCGCCUCGCAGCAGAAGCGGUUCUGGGUUUGAACGUGCUAUUGCCAGUUAAUUGGCGGUGAAUCUAAAUUGAUCGUAGGUGUGAAUGUAGCCCUGUGAUAAAUGUGUGCCCCGCCCCCUGACUGGUGUCAACUGGCAUCGGCUCCGGCUCCCCAUUUACCGGAUAAGAGGUAAUAGAUGAUGGAUGGAUGGAUGGAUGGAUGGAUAAUUAUUUACCUCAGAACAGAAAUGGACCCAAACAGAGUUCUAUUAUGCAUUUUUAUGGGAUAAAAAAACAAAAAGAACACUGAAGUGAACACUUGUGAUGGGUUAAGGUACAAAUACCAUAAUACCUUUCUGCCAAUUAAAGUGCUGGUAUGAUUUAUGACUUGUCAGUAGGAUGUGUUGUUAUUGUUAUACACCGAUCAGCUAUAACAUUAUGACCACCUGCCUAAUAUUGUGUAGGUCUCCCUUGUGCCUUUGGGUCAUAUGGGUUGAGGGGAGGGGCCUCUGUGGAUCAGUGGUUUCAAUGUUGUGGCUGAUCGGUGUAUAUCUGCAAUAAGACACAGAUUAAAGUAGCAGUAUUAAAGACCCAAUUGCAGUCACCAUAUGGUAACAAGAUGGCCACAUGUGUGAUUGAAACUCAGUGCUGGCUGGCUUUGAAAAAAAAUUCCUCCGUCACAGCAGAAUUUGACAUUUUCCCAUAUUUAUGUGCUCUCUUAGAAAAUAUUGCAAGCAGGAUGAAGGGACGGUAACGGCAGUUUCUGCAGCUGUAAAAGUGAGGUUCUGUAUAAGAAUUGGUGAUUGUAGGGAUUCCUCGCAGUUACUGUUGACGCUCAUUUUUGUUUCGGUCCAAUGACAUAUAGCUCCAAGCCAUGGAUAUUGUUUUAAUGAAGACAACCAAUGCCUUUUUCAAUAUGUUCAUCUCAUGUUAAAUGAAUUGUGAUAAUAAAUUAUUAUAUUGUACAUUUUCAAUUGUAAAAAAAAAACAAAAAAACAACAAAAGAUAUCUGUAUUAUUAUGUGGCUUUGAUUGUCUUUUUCUGAAGAAUGUGAAAUAUUAAAAAUGUAUAGAAAAUU